AGAGCAAAACAUUUUAUUGUGCUGCAGUGUGAGCGACGCGUCGCGACGUUUCAAGUGAGCUUGUGCAACAAUAAAUAAAAACAAUUUAAAGAAAGAUUUGAUGCAAAAUGGAAGUAUUUAAUAUUUCAAAUACAGGAGCUUUUCACGAAUGGAAGUUUAGCCUGAUUUGUAUAUUUAAUAAGUGGUGUUCCAAGACAGGUACAAAUCCAGUCAAGAUUCAAUCUUUGAAAUUGAAAAUAGAGAAUGAUGGCUACAUAAUGGGAGCUGAAUAUUUGGAUCAAUUAGAAAAACGCGUUAGUUACUGCUGCAAGAGAAUUGAAAAUAUGAAAUAUUCUGGGUAUAAAAUUAAUGUUGACAAAUUUAGGACAUUUGCACUCCAAAUAGCCGUUGAUUUAACAAGGACAUAUUCAUGGUACUACCUUCCGCCUACCGUUCAUAAGAUUUUAAUUCAUGGACCAUCCAUAAUUGAAAACGCUCUGGUGUCGAUUCGGGAAUUGUCGGAGGAAGCUGCUGAGGCAAGAAAUAAGGACAUAACAAGCAACAAAUGAAGA